UGAAUAUUUCUAACCACGUUUUCUUUGUCGUUUUUCGCUAAAUAAACAUAGUCUUUAAGUAGUCCGCGUUUUCAAGAUAUAUUUGAAGCGUCUCUAGGCAAAGUGGAAUUUAAUAUCUCGCUGUCUUGCUGUGUGCUCCUGUGGUGCUGAUAUAUCCUGUUUUGAGGCUGGAUAGUAUUGCAAAACGUGCCAAGACAUUAACCAGCAAGGUAUAACAAGAUAUUUCAGUAUAUGUCCUUUGUUUCUAGAUUUCAAAAGUUUUCUUCCAUCCUUGAGAAAAACGAGCAAGAAAGCUUAAUACAACAGUUUUCCUUCAACAUUAGCAUUAUCAGAUCUAUUGAAAAUGACGGAAGAAAAUAACAAUGGCGGCAGUCAUUCGGAUUGGUCGGAACUGACUGGUGACGUAAUUGUGUGCUGUGGAGGCUACGAAGGUCGCUAUCAGUUGGACACUGUGGAAGCUUACAGCGAGUCGACAGGGGACUGGACCGAACUUCCUUCAAUGCCAUUCGCACGUGACAGUAUGGCCGCAGGGAGUCUUGGGAAGGUUAUAGUACUGGCUGGAGGUUCUGAUCGCAAGAGUCCGUUUGAUGACGUCAUUUUGUUUAACUGGAAUUCCAAGGAAUGGAGCAAGGGAACUCCGAUGCCUUCUGCGCGUGCGUAUGCAGCUAGUGUAAUGGAUGAAUCACGUGGUAAGCUGCUGAUCUCGGGAGGGUAUAAUAACGUUGAGCUUAACUCAUGUCAGGCAUUCGAAGUAGAAACACAAAAAUGGCUGGACUUGCCAAACAUGCCAAGCGCAAGGGCAAGGAGUGGUGGUGCCAUAGCAAAUGACCAUUUCUUCGUGAUUGGCGGUGACGUCAUGCGUCGACCGACUAACGUCGUAGACGCGUUCAGUAUCCAAGAAAAUAAAUGGGUCAAUUUUCCCGCCAUGAAAUCUAAAAGAAGGCGCUGUGCCGUGGUAGCAGGUGGCGACAAGAUUAUUGUGGCUGGAGGGCUUACGUCAGAUGACAUUACUUUAGACUCGAUGGAAAUGUUCGACAUGCGCAACCGGAAGUGGAUGGAACUGCCCACCAUGCCGUGCGCGAAGUUUGGUUUCAGCGCAUGCGUAGUGGGUACUGAGAUGUUCUUACUUGGUGGUAACGAACGAAUGAAGAUGAAAGCUUGUUGCAACAGAUGUACCUCGUUCGAUUUGCUAUCUAGGGAAUGGAAGAGGGUCCCUCCCAUGAUGUAUCGAAGACUUCAUGCAAGCGGUGUCAAGAUUUCUGUCUAAUUUUUCAUUGACGCGUAUCAAGCCUCGUAUCAAGGUGUCAUUUUCAAGUGAUAAAUAUUUGAGUCAGUUGAUCGACGAAUUUUGUUAAAAAGAAUGCUAAAGCUAAAUGCUAAAGCAAGAAGAACAGUUGAAUGUACUGUCAGUGCUAGUUGUCCUGAAUAUUGGAUCGCAUUACGUACAAUGAUUAUGAUGAUAAUACAUAACAUUGAUGAAGAUGAUGGCGACUAACUUAUUCAUCACAAUCAUGUUCUUUUCUAUUGUAUUUUGUUUCUGAAGGUGGGUUGGUACGCGACAAGUCAGCAAAAGUAUAACUUGACCAAAAGGAUCGUCGAUACCCUUAUAUAUGUCAUUGGUAUGAUUAUAUGAUUAUUAAGACUAAGUAAAUUCAAAAAUAAUAGCAUUUACUGUUUAAAUGCAGUAAAUAAUUUUGAUUCCUGACCAAUAGUGAUCCAGUGGUUGUGUCUACAAAACGUACUUAGUUUUAGUGAGCAAAUUAACUAUGAGGAGUUAAGUAUCACGAAUCGCAUUUUCUUUGUUUGUCAAGUACUUGAAUAACUAGACUGUUAACAUUCCCUCUUUUCCCUCCUAACUCAAUUGAGUCGAAUUUUUUCCCUAACUUGGUCGCGCGGGGAGUGGGGCGAGUUUGAAGCGACACGCGCGACCUGAAAGGGAAAGAACCCCGACUUGAAUGAGUUAGAAAGGAAAAGAGGGUCUGUUAACAAUCUAAAUAACUCUUAAAUCAAUCCUUAAAAAUCGAUUGGUCGUUUACAUCAUUCAGUGGAAAGAACCCCUUGAUACGAUGCUGGUGUUAUGCACCGUUACCCAGUUCUCUAUUCUUUACAAAGAAGAGAGAACUGCGAACAGGUGCACUAGGUUUAUUUUCUAACAUUCUCAGAUACACAGACUCUACUCUAUGCUUAGUAAAAUCAUAGAAUUUGGUUAAUGAGUAGGGUCUAGGUACGAGACUGGAUUUUCUAAUUUUUAGCCAAAAAAGUUAACAAAAUUUAGUUAUGACUCGAAUGUACGUUCGAGAAAAUUUUCAAAUUUUAGUAUUAGAUUAUUUCAUAUUUUUUCAAUGUAUUGGUAUUUAGAAUGAAGUGUUAAUGUUUUCAUGCGUAGCUUGCUUAACUGACGCGCUAAACCUGUCGGGUUAGGCACCAGUCCUUUCGCUUUACUUACUUUAAGUUAGGAAGUGAGCUGGAACCAAUGAAGACGGGCACGUUUUUGAAACUACUUUUCAUUGUUCAGUUGUAAUUUAGCUUGCUUCGAAAUUCCGUUGCUGGGGUUUCGUUUUUGGUGUUGCUGUUUGUAGUCCAUUAAAUGCUAAUCUUAAAUUAAAUUUAGGAUCAUUUAGUAAAGCUCAGGGGUGGGUUUCCUGUGCCAUUUAUUUGCUAGUUUUGUCAGCCAACAUGGCGACCAUUCAAAUAUUAGGAAUUCUUGUACACGAAGGAUAGCCUUAAUUUAGGAAAUUAAAACUUGUUACAUCAUCAAAAGAUGUUCGUUAUGUAUAAGCGACUUUUGGUGUUUUCUUUUUCAACUUAAAAUUCCUACGUGGUAAGUGUUUGGCAUGAUUUUGUUGCUGCUGUGAUAAUUUUUUUUUUGUGCCUGCAUGUUUUAAUGUCCGCCAUCUUGGUUGAACUUCAGAUAAACGAAUUGUCAUUGGUCUCUCAUGUCAACCAACAUGGCCAACAUGGUUUUUUGUAAUUUCAUUUCCUUGGGAAUGAUAUCAAAAAAAAAACCAUGUAGGACAAUGUAAAAAAAUCAAAGAAUUCUUUCAAUGAUUAAUACUGAUCGAACAUACUAAUCAAAUCUUACAAAUCCAGUGACUAACAUACAAUUAUGAURAUCCAUAGUGAAACAUAGUUUCAUGCGUAGUACGAUAAUAACAAUCACAAACUUACUCUAGCAAUUUUUUUAAUGUAAAUUCAAAUAAACUUGAGCUAAUCACAGGAGUCACGCUUAAAUAUCUGAAAUUAUUUGGUUAAUAUUUGAACCUCGUUAGAAUAAAGACGUUGUGAAAGGA